AUGGCGCGCUUCCUGUUACCCUUCUUUGCCAUUCUAGUGGGAUUCGUCGGCACGCUUCUUGCCUAUCCGACCAGCACGUCCGGCGAAGUCGCGUCCCCUUACCUUCGCGGUGUCAACCUUGGUGGCUGGCUGGUCCUCGAGUCGUAUCUCACUCCGGAACUCUUCGAGGACGAUGGAGUCGUCGAUCAGUGGACUUUCGAUGAGCAGCCCGGCUCGUUCGACAAGCUGAAGACUCACUGGGACACGUACUGCACCGAAGCAGACAUCAAGAAGCUCGCUUCGUAUGGCAUUAAUGCCGUUCGUAUCCCCAUCGGCUUCUGGGCCUACGACAACGAUGACACCCCAUACCACAAGGGCUCUGACAAGUACCUUCGCAAGGCCAUCAAAUGGGCACGCGAUGCUGGUAUGGUCGUCAUCAUUGACUUGCAUGCCACCCCCGGGUCUCAGAACGGCGACAUCGGCUCUGGACACAUUCAGGAUGGUUCCGAGUGGCAAACUGGAGCUGGCAACAUGGAACGCACGACUACCAUACUCGAGACUAUUGCGGAGAAGUACGGCAACGACGAGUUUGCCAAUGUUGUUGUCGCGAUCGAACUUGUCAAUGAACCUUCCAACAAUGCCCCGAACACACUGGAAAAGACUAAGAAGUGGACCAAGUCCACGUUCGCCGACGUUCGUAAUGCUGCUACAAACAAGAAUCUUCGCAUCGCCAUGCACGACCAAUGGGUCACUCCCAAAAACUGGCUUGAUGUCAACUCUGACCUUAGUGCUGCUAAUCCGGGCAUGUUCGUCAUGGACGUUCAUCAGUACCAGAUUUUCACCGACGAGGACAAGCACCUUGACCAGCAAGAGCACAUCCAGAAAGUCUGCAAAUUCGCAGAAGAGCAGCUGAAGCUCGCCAAGGACAACGAUAUGUUACUUACUGUGGGAGAGUUCAGCGGCAACACGUUCAUAUGUGUUAAUUCUAACGGUACAACUUUUGCGGAUCCCAAUGGUGAAGGAAAGGCUUGCAAUGAGGACGGUUGCCAAUGCGAGCUUUAUGGCGGCAUCAGUGUCGAUGAUUGGAGCGACCAAUUGGUCGAGCAGGUCCGCCGCUACAUUGAAGUCCAGCUCGACAUAUUCGAAGAAUACGCCGAGUCCUGGUUCUUCUGGAACUUCAAGGGACCCGGUUCCUGGGGCUUCAUGACCGGUGUCGAGAAGGGCUUCAUUCCCCAACCACUGACCAGCAGACGUUACCCCAACCCUUGUAAUUGAGCGGCAUUGAGUGUGAAUUUCCAUGCUAACAACACGAACGAGUGGAGUGUUGCAUGGAUGAGGCUUUGCUGCGUCGACGCGGAAACUGACUGGAAUGCUUUGAGCGCCUAACAGCAAUCGAGUUUGACGGAUGACUUUGUGUGUAUUAGGAGUAGAUAGUCAAUGAGCAUAGGUCUUAGGUGGUUUGCCCACCCAAAGUGAUACCACUCCC